AUGCUACUUGGUUUCGUUGCUGGUGCCAUCAUUGGUGUCGCAGUUGGUGUCGUUGCUGUCGUCACUGGAGCUAUCGUUGAAGUCGUUAUUGAGUUGUUGGGGUUUGGGGUUUGGGUUGUUGAUGUUUCUCUUUUGGAUAAGUGCGUUUCAGAUCUGUCUUUCAUUAUAGAGUAUGAUUUUGUUGCUUGGUCUAGAGGUAUGAUUUCAUUACUUGGUCUAGAGUAUGAUUUUGUCGUUUGGUCUAGGGUAUAA